AUGAUGAUGCGGACGAGUUUGAACGAACUGUACUAUGAAGAAUUUGAGAGGCGCACCAGACAAAAUCUCGAUGAGGAAUAUCCAGCCUGGAAGUAUCUUGGCUUCGAAUGGUGGACAGACCAAGGGCGAGAUAUACUAGCGGUAUAUAAACACUACUCUAUCCCGGGCGCCUUUAUCUCGGAGAGGUUACGAAACGUUGCUUGCUCAUUUGGCACUGCUGAAGAAGAUGGAAAAGAUAGCUACAUCUGGUUUCACUUUCUGUGCAAGAACGUUCCCAUCGAGGAGCAAAACGGCGUUUACAAAAUUACGAACGGAAACCAACAAGGCAAGAAGGAGAUCAGCCAAGGAGACUUUGGCUGGGUUCGGUCUGCAUUUUGCAUGGUGAAACACAACGGUGAUACUCCAGCAGUCACUUUGAUUGCAUUCGGUGCCGAUUGGUCACUGUAUGAGAAAUUCAAAGCAAUCUCCAAGAACAUCUCAUAUGAACAGAUUCUCAAUGAACCGUACUGUCUAUUCAAUGUUGUUUUCGAAGGUCUAUAUGAGAGAAUUGAUGAACUUGUCUGGAAUGUUGCAAAGGUUUUUACCCAGGAAGAGAUGGCAAGUACCCCAUUUUCCGAUCAGAGCCAUCUCAAGGUAGUCACUAAUUCGAAGGUUCUCCAUCUGGCUAAGGGAGAUUCGGAGUUGGCUGACAUGGACUUGGACUUUCCCGGACUACACAUGAUUCAGAGAACCCAAAUCUACCUUCGAGAGGCCAUUGAAGCUAUUACCGUGACUUUGGAUGCGAUGAUAUGCCAACACGAGCGACUGAUCAAAGCCUCUGGGCGGAUUACACCCUCUGUCGAGUCAGCACAGGCGGAUUUUCGUUAUCGUAAAGUGACCAUCAGUUCCACAGACUUAAGACUACAAAGCAUGGAAAGAAGGACGCAGAGCACGAUCAACUUGGCCUUUAACCUGGUUACUCAGACCGAUUCAAGGGUCAUGAAAGGCGACAGUGCUGUAAUGAAGCGAAUUGCAGUUCUCACCAUGAUAUUUCUCCCUUGCACGGCCGUGGCAGUAAGCCCCAAAUUCUGGCGGUAA